CUGACGUUGGGGGUGCAGGACCCAGAUCCUCCACAGCUUCCUUUGCCAGCCUCUGAUUAUUCCAGAUUUCCUGUCUCUAUUUGUCCGUGAUGGUCCUGGAUGCCUCAGUAAGAAGCUAGAAGUUUUCUUAAAGGACUGACUGCAUUUUGGAUCAACACCGUGGUUGCAUGGAGGCCAGGAAUCAUACGCAGGUGGCCGAGUUUGUCUUCCUUGGUUUCUCAGGUGUUCCACACGGCCAAAUCUACCUCUUCGUGGUGUUCCUAGCCAUCUACCUGGUCACCAUAAUUGGGAACACCACCAUCUUCACCCUGAUCCAGCUGGAUUCCCGUCUUCACAGCCCCAUGUACUUUUUCCUCAGCCAUUUGUCCUGCUUAGAUGUUUGUUACUUAUCCGUCACGGUCCCUAAGAUCCUGAUCAAUUUCUCCCACCAGAGGAACACCAUUUCGUACAACCAGUGCCUGGCUCAGAUGUUCUUCUUGAUGACGUUUGCAGGAUCCGAAUGUGCCCUUUUGGCCGUUAUGGCCUUUGAUCGCUACGCGGCCAUAUGCCAACCAUUGCAUUACAAUACUUUGAUGAGCAGUCAGGUCCGCGUUCCUCUGGCUGUUGCUUCUUGGAUCUGGGGCUUCCUUGAUUCAUCACUCCACACAGCACUGGCUACCAAUUUGGACUUCUGUGGGGCCAACCUCAUUGACCAUAUCUUCUGUGACGUGCCCCCCCUGCUGAAAAUUGCCUGCAGUGAUACCUACGUCAACGAGCUCACUCUGCACUUGGCCAGCAUCUUCAUGGGCUUGAGUCCUUUCUUGUUUAUUCUCUUUUCUUAUACUUUUAUCGUCUCUGCCAUCCUGAAGAUCCGUUCUGAUACCGGCAGAAGCAAAGCCUUCUCCACCUGUGCUGCCCACUUGGUUGUGGUCACGAUCUACUUUGGCAUGGCCAAUGUGAAUUACAACCGUCCCAGCGCGGGCUACUCGCUGGGGGUGGAUACCUUAAUCUCCACCCUCUAUUGCAUCCUCACCCCCAUGCUGAACCCCCUAAUCUACAGCCUCCGGAACAAGGAAGUGAAGGAUGCCCUACAAAAGCUGCUGAGUGGCCUGAAGGCCAAUUAUGCCUCAUCAAAAUGACCAAUGGAAUUGGAUAGGACAGCUUUUCUCUCUCCUGGCCUUCCCGAUAGGAAGAUGCAGAAGCUCAGAGGAUCUCCCAGAGAACCUACUCAGUAGGAACUUUCCAACCGGUUCUCCAAUGACAUCGAGAGAGUCCCAUCUUUUGACAAACGGGCUCAGGAUUUCCCAGGUCUUCCAAGAAGGCAACUUGACUUUCUGGUUUUCUUAAAAAGGUUUUGCUUCUCAUCCAAGAGGUUUCUUCACUUCGGUUCUUCGGAAUGGAAGAAGCUCCUUGGAUGAGAAGCAAAACAUUUUCAAGGAAAAAAACAAAACCCAAAGGAGCCCAGCUGUCUUUUGGAAAAGUACCUGUGGGACAACCAUGACACUGGAUGAUUGGGAAUCUCCAUAGACACUGAGCUCCGGGGUUUAUGUCCAGAACGAUGAUCAGAGGAAAAUGUUGACCAGAGCUGAAGCUGGUAAAGACCUUGUUGUGGUGGAAUGUAGUCUGGAGUCCCAGGACGGAGGGUCUUCUCCCCAGAGGGCCAAGACACCGAGGAGCCUUGGGCAAGCAGGAAGAGAGCAGAUUGGACCCCCCCCCCUUAGCAAUUCAGAGAAUAUAUCAAUAGUUAUUGUAGAUAUUUUUGUGUGUGAGAGGGAUGGGAGGGAAGGAAGGAGUAGGGAGGAAGUAGGAUGGUUAGAGGAGAAG